AUGUCAAGAGCAGUAUCAGAUAUUUGUAAACUUAGAUUGGUUUCAAAGAACUUUUUAAAGAUAUCAUCGGAGUAUUCAUUAUGGAAGAUGUUUAUUUUAAGAUUACAGACCAACAACAAACCCCCACCCAGAGUUUGUCAUACUGCAGUUGUGUAUAACAAUUUGAUGUAUGUAUAUGGUGGUCAUUUACCAGACAGUCACACCUUUAUUAGAGAUGUAAAAAGUGAUUUACAUGAAUAUAACUUUGAAAGAAGAAAAUGGACAAAGAAAGUUACAAAAGGUAAACCAUUACCAGAAAAGACAGAGCAUAGUGCUGUAGUUUAUCAAGAUUCAAUGUAUAUUUUCGGUGGAUAUUCAGGUCCACAAACAUACCUUGAUGUUUCAAUUUACAAGUUGAAUUUGGAAACAUUCGAAGGUUCGUCGAUUGAAGGUAGUGGAAAUCAUCCAUCGGGUAGAUCCGCUCAUUGUGCAGUGGUUUGGAGCCACUAUAUGUAUAUCUUUGGUGGUUGGGAUGGUACAGAAUCCAACAACAGUUUCUUUAGAUUCAACUUUUUGAAUGAAAUGUGGGAAGAAGUUCCAGCUAAAGGUACACCACCACCCUGUAUUAGAUCACAUUCAUGUGUAUUGUUUGAUAACUUUUUAUAUAUAAUCGGUGGAUAUGGACCCGAGGGUCAUACAGAGUUCCCGUACAGCUACGACUUGGUCAAUGAUGUGUGGAUCCCGAUGGCAAACAAUCGUGAUGGACCGUGUGCAAGAUCUCGUUUGAGAACCGUUGUCUAUGGCAACUAUCUUUGGUGUCUUGGAGGAUGGGACAGAUCGUCGUACUACAACGAUCUCUGGAGAUUCAACUUGGAGACGAGAACAUGGACCAAGAUGGAUUCCAACUUUGAACUCAAUGGCAUCGGUCAAUACUCGUUGGUCACCUACAAGAAUCAGAUCUACAUAUACGGUGGCUACAACCCGUCGACUUCAUCGCCACAGCCAAACCUCUACACCUACAUCGUAGGACAUCCAUCGCUGUCCGACGCAGAAAUCAUGUCACUCGAGAAGAUCUACGACGACGACAGCAGCAGCGAAGACAGCGCCAUGGACAGAACCGAAUCAAUGAAAUCACUCGACGGAUUCUCGUGCUCAAAGGAUGGCGAAUCAACAGACCUACAGAUGACCAGCGCCGCCAACAAAAUAUGUGAAGUCGUACAAAACCAAACGAAUCAAAAUGGAUCUUUCGUUGGAAUACCUACAAACUAG